AUGUACAUAUACAACGUUUUCGACGCAAUAGAGAGUGCCAUCGAUGCAUACGACGGCAAAAUAUCAGACUACUACUUCCUCAACCAAUGCAUGCGCAUCGUUUGCGAAUUAUACGGAAUGGUUAUCCUCGGCAUCAUGGACUAUUUCCUCGUGCUCCUCGUGCUUCGAUUCGACGCCGAGGAGCAGCCGUGGCGCACACUCGGCCACGACCCUUACGGGUUCAUCUGGUCCAAAUACACCAAGGUCUACGACGUCGGCAGCAUUGAAGAUUUCGGCACGCAGCAGGCUGGCAAUAACGGAACUAUUCACGGCUUGGAUCUUCUGAACGGCACAACGCCUGGUCAAGAACCUAACUAUAGGCUGGUCCUGCGCAGACACGGCAAGGGGUGUUGUGGAGGUAUUUUUGGAGAGUAUGAUGGGUGGAAAAUUUUUGGAUUCCUUAUACACUAUGUCAUACAUGACGUUCGAGCUGGUGUAGCCGCUACGAGACGAGCUCGAGAAGAGAGCGGCAUUGAAGACUCGGAAGCCGCCACGGAGCACUAUCUCAUAUGGGGCUUGUCGGUCGUUCCGAUGUUCUUCAGCGGACAGUCUUACUACGAUAAUGCUUGGGAAUCGAUACUUCUGCUGAUCAUGCUGGAGAGCAUCAACCAGGCACUAGCCUUGUUCUAUCGCCUUCGAAUUGAAGAGGAGCUGUGA